UAAAACAUACAACUCUCCUUCUCUUCCUUUUAACUUUCAUUUCAGUCUUCACACAUUUUUUUUUUCCUGUCAUCUACCAAGCCUUCUACUUCCUGGAACACACGGAGCGUUGCAUGUGAAGACUUAACACGCCCACACUUUGACAGAUAAAGCCGCUUCGUUAGAAGCACUCACUUUGAGUUUGGGUUUCACCACUGCGCUGAGAGCACGACAAAGAUGGAGUUUGCCUGCAGUCAUGUCGUAUGUAAUUGGAGGCCGAAUGGAGCAGGUGUUUCUUUGAUCGAAACUGAAUACGACAACUCUGUGGUUAAUAAACAACAUGAAGUUCCACCUCCUCCACCGCUGCCUCCUCGUCGUUUCAGGAAACCUCGACCUAGCUCCCUUCCUCCCCCUUGUUUCACCUCCUUUCAGCCUCCUCUCAUUCCUCUCAGCCUCCCUCCUCCGGUCCCUCCCAGACUUGACAAGCUGGAAGGAGAAAGCAGGGUGAUAGCCAAUGUCAACGUCGUCUCCCUUGGGCUUGGGAAGCUGGUCGACAUCAGCCAAGACUCAGGCAUGGAGAGUUUUCAAACCCCAGUGAUCUGUGGGAAAUGUAGUGCUGCCUUGUCAUGUCUGAGUUCCAUACAGAAAACCGUAUGGCUGUGUGAGUUCUGCGGACGUCAAAACAGCGUAGACAACAAUGAGAACAUAGUGUGCAUUGGUCAGCGUGCAGGUGUGCGCAGUGAUGACGUUUACCUACCAAAGCAAACCGAUGAUGACUACCAGAACUUGGAGGACGCGCUUGUCGUUUUCUGUGUGGACAUAUCCGGCAGCAUGAGCGUCACAACAGAGGUUCCGUCACCCAGUGGCUCUCCAGCGUACAUAUCCAGACUAGAGGGUAUUCAGGAUGCUCUUCAGAGGGCAUUAUCAUCCAUGCUGAAGGAGUCCCCUCGCAGGAGAGUGGCACUGGUGACAUUCAACGAUGAGGUUGUAAUUUAUGGUGAUGGGACAAGAACUCCUGUCACUCUCAGAGAUUGGGCGUUGUUUGACUACGACCACAUAUGGCAACAAGGCACUGCUUACAGCAUCCCACACUGUAUCGCUGAAACCUACGAUCAACUAAUACAGCGGGUCAAAGACCUCAGAGAACAUGGAGCUACGUGUCUUGGCCCUGCAGUGUUAGCCUCGGUGGCUAUGGCGUCAAGGUACCCCGGGUCAAAGGUCAUUUUGUGUACAGAUGGCAGAGCCAACAUUGGACUUGGUGAGAUAGACCAAACCCCUUGUCUGUCCCCAGCUCAUGUUACACCGUAUUUCUAUAGACAACUAGCUCUACAGGCUGUGGGGAGUGGAGUCAUAAUAUCUAUAAUGACAUUUGAAGGGACAGACUGUUGCCUGGCUGACAUUGGGAGACUGGCUGACGCUACUGGAGGACGGGUGAACAUCGUCAGCACCGGCACUGUGGCAACAGAGAUUGAGUUAGUCACCGUAGACAACAUCCUAGCAACGGGAGUCACGGCAACCCUUCUCGCUGCUGAUGGAGUGUAUUUUCCCUAUGAGGAAGAAAACAAUCACAAAUUAUUGAGAGACAUAGGCAACGUAACAAAGGGGAUGGAGCUCACCUUCCAGUUUGCUGUAAAACCAGAUUACAUGCAAGUUUUCCUACAGAAGGACGCUGUUCCUUUCCAACUUCAGCUGAGCUUCAAGACCAGAGACCAACAAAGAGUCACUCGAGUCAUUACUGAACAGCGACCAGUAACCACCAGCAGUCGGGUUAUUGCCGGAACACUCAACCUGGCAGUACUCGGUGUUCACUGCGCUCAGCUAUGUGCCAGUUUAACCAUGGAGGGUCGCGUGCAGGAAGCACAGAGGCAGCUGAAUGCUCAACAAGACUUACUCCAACAAGUCAGUAAACUGAGGCCAAUCCAAAAGGAAGAGAGUAUCUAUGGCAACUGGAUGGACACCAUGACAACAAUCUGUGAUGGCAUCACCACUGAAUCUCAGGCUCUCUCUGAUGAAGCAGCAAAGGUGGUGUACCAGAUGAAGAGAGCCAGUAGCAACUGCUACAGCAACAUUCAGACAACACAGACUGAGAAGAAGCCUCAAAGGAAGAAGAAGUCUGCACUGGUAGCAAUGUAAAAAAAAAAUUAACUCAAAAGUGAUAUUUGGUAGAAGAAUUUUAAUCACUGAUUAAAGGUUAGCACAAGAUUUACCUCAUUAGCGUGCCAUUUUAUAAUUUACACGCUGUUGUAACAUACAGUAUUCAAAUAGCUUUAGUUCCUGCACUUUAUUGUUGUCGAUUGUUUUAGAUUUAAUUUGUUAUAACCCCACAUAUUGUUCCACAGUGCUUUGUGGAAGCCCUCUGAGUUCUCUAUAAGGAGGUAGAUGCAUAGUAAAAAGGCAAAUUUUAUCAGAGCCCAUGCAAAAAAAAAAAAAAAAAAAAACACAAAAUGAAGGAACAUCAGUGUCAGAUUUUAAACAUUCUAUCCAAGAGGAUCAGGACUGACGUUACAGUCCGUCAGGGAAGACAAACUGACAAUAUUGUAUCAGGACAGUCCUAGACAAACCACAUACGCCAUAUCAUAGCAGAGAGAUUCCACCAGAUUAUUCUGUACAGUAUUAGAUUCCUGUUUUAUAGGAAUUGACAAAAGGAAAUGGUCUAUUUGUUUCAUGUCAAAUAAAAUUAUUUCUUUAUUACACA